AUGGCAAGAGACAUUCGAGUCGUAGUUUCUAUAGAUUUCGGCACGACGUUCUCUGGUUUUGCAUAUGCUAACAGAGCUAAUCCUGAAAUUAUCACGAAUGACAGUUGGCCAGAACAACAAGGAACUUUCAAGACAAAUACUUGUUUGGCUUAUGACGAUAACCUACAACUUGUAUCUUGGGGGUAUCCCGCUUUGGCCCAAGAGCCCCCGAAGAAAAAGAAGCAAGCGGCCAGGCCACAUCCAAAACCUGUAGAAUUGUUUAAAUUGCAUUUGGCUAAUGUGAAAGAAGACGAGAAGCCACCGCUUCCACCAGGUCUAGAUCCAAGGAAAGCAAUUACGGAUUAUUUGCAUGAAGUGAAUAAAUUAAUUUUGGAAACAUUGAAUUCCCGAUGGCCAGGCUUAAGAUAUCCUUCACAAGUACGAUUUGUAUGUUCGGUACCCGCAGAAUGGCACCAUGAAGCAAAGGCAAUUAUGAGAGAGUGCUUGUACAAUGCUGGUUACUUGGAUCACAGGCUAUCAGAAAAUCUGGAGUUCACCACUGAACCCGAAGCAGCCGCUAUAUACUGCAUGCAAAGCUUGAAUGAACAUCGAUUAUCAGUAGGAUCAUCUUUUAUGAUUGUAGAUUGUGGCGGGGGUACAGUGGAUUUGACAACAAGAACAUUGUUGCCUGCCAUGAAGCUUAGUGAAAUUACGGAACGUAGUGGUGAUUUGUGUGGUAGCUCAUAUGUCGAUCGAGAAUUUCUCAAAUUUCUAGGAAAGAAGCUUGGAUAUGCCGCAAUGAAAAAAUUAAAAGAGAACCAUUAUGGUCAAAUGCAAUAUUUGGUUCAACAAUUUUGCUCAAGAGUCAAAUUUUCUUUCAAUGGAAAUCCUAAUGAGUUCACUACUAAAGAAUUAGACAUGGAAAGAGUAUGUCCGGCACUUAUUCAAUAUGUCACUGGAGUUGCUAAAGAACAAAUGGAGGAGGCUGAAUGGAUAGUCGA